AUGACUUUCGAGCAUGCAUACGAAUUAUACUCUGGCUAUCAAGAAGGGCUUCCAGACAAGGAACAUUUUCGAGACGAAUUGUUAAAUGAUGAACAUGGUUUACCUGUUCUUAUUUUCACUAACCCUUCUGAUGGACAAAGGCUUGUUCUCUUAUCUGGAAAUGGCUUAGAUAUUGCACAGUUUCUGCAUUAUGUAGAAAAUUCACAUGUUUCUGCUGAACAAGAUGAUUCUAGCAAGCGCUUUGAUUUGUGUAAAGAGUCUAUCAACAAGGUAUUACAAUCAAUGGACACAGAAUAUGACCGUGAGUGUGCGAGAGCACUUCUCAGUGCUAAUAGAUCACGUACCGACCUUUGUGAACUUGGAAUGAAGCCAGAUACUGCUGUUAAAGCAGUAGAACAUGUAAAUUAUGUCAUUGAUGAAUAUGAAAAUGCCAAACUUGCUGCAACUGACAUGCUGAACCUACGCUUGCGCGAACGUAAGGGUAAAUUGACCAAAGAUAUAGAUAGCAUCAAGGAAUUGAUUACCAAGAACACGGGAAGCUGGCCCAAGAAGAGGUUAGAUGACCUCCAAGAAAAGCUAACUCUUACCGAAGAACGCUUGAAACAGGUAGACGCAGUAAAAAGUAGAGAGACAAAGUAUGGCAACCAGCAAUUCAGACAGGGGGUAAAGCGAAUUGCUGAUAAUCUGCUGGAAGAAACGCGAAUAAAACGUCGAAAACUGGGUCAAGGAGCUCACAGAAAAGUGGAUAGUGAUGAUGAAGAAUUUGUGGUAAAAUGCAUUGAGGACAAGGCUACAUCACAUGGCAGGCGCCACGACAGUGUGCUUUAUCUGAAUCAUAGAGUAAAAGCAAAGGAUUUCAGAGGCACAGUUAAUUACUUUAGAGCGAGGCUUGGAAAGAAGCUAAUUCGCAGCAAUACUACAAUAUAUAGUAGGUCAAGACCCAAAAAUAGCAGAAGCCUUCAGUCCAAAAAACACAUUGGCAAGGGUCUGUUUUGUGCAAAAAAGCCCCCCAAAACAGAAGAUAAAUCUAACCUUUGCACACAUCAUCAAAGAAGUCAUGUGAAAAACGAAAAGUAUUCAAUGUUUGGCAUGCAAAACAAAGACUCAUGGCAGUUUAACUUAAUAAUCAGUAAAGACGACAAAGCCUACAUUAGGCCAGGAACGGAUGUGGGAAUGACUGGUUCAAGAAAUCAAGUAAUCUUUCAGCCAACAGACGAAGAAAGAGCUAGAAAACUCCCGCAGCAUGAUUUUGCUAAUCCUAAAGUGUAUAUCACUCCUGCUACACAUCGUUUCCUUGAGAAGGAGGGAGAAAUUGUCAGAGAUGAGGAACAGCUGUUUACUAAGACUUAUCAGACUUUUGUAGUCGUUCGCCCCAAGUUUUAUGUUCCUAGUGAUGGUACCACCUGGGCUUCUGAUUAUAUGAGGUUAAGACAUGAAAACCCACAGUUAUAUGAGGUUGGCUUGGAUAUUUUUGAGAAAUACUCACUUUAUUUCUGUAGUCUGUGUGCCAAAGUAAAAGACAAUGUUUCUUAUUUCAUUCAGACAACGAUGGAAGAGGAUGUCAGCUGUGUAACAGAUAAGGUAAACUGCCCUUUCAAGCAGUAUGCGAAGAAACGAAUUGAGCAUUUAUCAAAAGCUUUAUCAAAAGCAAGAGACAUAUGAGAAACAGAGAUGAAAAAUGAUGUAGACCGAGCAGAAAUCGCCAAGGCCAAUGAGCUCAUUGGCUGCAUGUCAACAUUUACAGAGUCUCUCGAAAAUGCUAUUACUCAACUAGAAGCAAAUUCUGUAGAAAGGUUGUGGCAAGUCUUUGAAGGAUUGAUAAAUGACAAUAUCAUAUUGAAGAAGAUAACAGAAUUUAACUUAGCACCAGUUAAACCCUGCAUUUUGGAGCUCACAGACGGAGGUCCAGGUGUAGGGGUGAGCAAUUUUGAAGUCAGGUUCAGAGAUGCUGAGAUUGCCCUGCUUCACAAUUCUGACCGACGUGCUAGACUCCACCGUGCAACUAAUGAUUCCGGUCAGAAUGAAGCAGAACGAAGCAAUGCCUGCAUAGGUGAUGCAUUGGUCGAUGGAGGAAGCCUAAAAUGGGAGUACUAUGAACAACACCAUGGCCUUGAGGAAGAAGAUUUAAAGAGAAUGUCAGCAAAAGAGCUAGAAGAUUUAGAGAAUGACCGAAUGAAGAAAAAUGCAUGGCGAGUUGCAGAAGAAGUGCGAUUGAGGAUAGAUGGUGAGCCUGCACCAAACGGUUUUCUUGGUGCAAUUGUUUCAGAAAAGCCUGGUGAAGAAUUUUUUUACAAUAAGGAAUAUCUAUCUAAGUAUAACAACACUUCAAAGUCAAAGCGACAUGUAAUACCUGGACAUGCCUAUUUUAAUAGAGUUGAAUCCUUUUUUGAGUCACAUUACGAAAGGGGAGAGCUCUAUUUUGAAUUUCUAAAAGGAGAUUGUUCAAGAAAGGGAAAACUGUGUGAGACAUGUAAGGAAAAUGGGUAG